UGGAAGAAGAAACUUUUAUAGACGUGUUUAGGAUUAUUUGAGGGGCUAACGACGUGGAUAUUUCGAUUAUUUUACUUUUACGUUAUAACACAUUUCAUCUGAGAUAAAAGAAGAUAGACUUUAUGGAUCCCACACUGGGGGAUUCACUCGUUACAGCAGAUAAGAAAACAGAAAUACACAUUAAACAACAAAAUAAAACAUCAAAAUCAGUAUUAGAGUUGUAUGUACACUAUAUUCAGCUUUUAUACAGAUUGAUUGAGUGGUCGAUAUAGAAUAUUCCACAGGUUACAGCAGGAGGUAGUGUAAUGGUAUAAAAUAAAUAAUUGCAAACAAAUAUCUAAUUCUAAUUAGGAAAACUCAUAAAACACAUUAGUCAUUCUUCAGCAAACUCACUUUAUUUAAAGCUCUACUAUGUACAUACACAAAACUGAAUUAGAAUCAAAUUUACUGGCCAAGUAUGAAAUACAAAUAAUUUAAAUAAAUAAUAAAACAUUUUUUUAUUCCUGUGUUACGCCGAAAUCUGUACCACCACCGUAACCAUCUCACUCCUCAUGCCUAAACCUAACAACACUGCGGAUCACAGGAUCUGAUAGAGCACAGGUUUCCAAUAGCUCUUGCAUAUAGAACGAAUAUAAUGUAAUAAGUUAAUCUAAUAUGGAGAGUCGGUUUUAUGCAUCUAUCGAUGGAUAUGCAGCCGGAGGCCGUGAUAUGGAUAGAAUCUGUUACAACAUUUGCUGAAAGUCAGUUGAGCUAUUUUUCUAUGAAUAAAAUAAACAGACAGAUAUUGCUGUAUCUGGCUACCCAUGCAAAUAAAAUACAUUUCAAUUGAAGGUACAUAAUCGCAUUGAAGCAAAACUCAUAUAAAAAUCCAAAAUGAAGCAGUCCAGUUCAUUGAUUUGCAACACAGUAGCCUGAUGUACCAAAAGAUACUGAGAAGAAGCUACCGCUGUUUGACAUGAUCUAUAUUCACAUUCAUGACUGUGCCAAACUUUGGAUGGAGUCAGCACCCAAGCAUUCAUUAUCUUGUGUAGUCACAGCGAGGGACCUCAGGGUUCGGGAUUCAGGUCAUACUGUACAUCAGCGAAAGAAGAAUGGUCAAGUAUUUCUGUAAUAGCGCCGACAUCAGGAGUACGUGGGACCAUGUUGUCUCUGCUUUUUGGCAGAGGUAUCCUAAUCCAUUCAGCACCCAUGUUCUCACAGAGGACGUUGUCUACCGGGAGGUGACUGCCGACCACCGGCUCCUCACCAGACGCCUCCUGAUGAAGACCAAUCGGCUGCCUCGCUGGGCGGAGCGGCUCUUCCCCUCCGGCAUGUCACGCUCCGUGUACAUCAUCGAAGACUCCAUCGUGGACCCUGUCAACAGGAGCCUGACCACCUACACCUGGAACCUCAACCACACAACUCUCAUGUCGGUUGAAGAGCGUUGUGUUUUCCGAGACUCAGCGGAGCAGCCAGCCACCACCCAGUUGAGGCGGGAAGUGUGGAUAUCCUCAAGUGUUUACGGCUUCUCCAGACCUAUUCAAGAGUUUGGAUUGGCCCGUUUUAAGAGCAACCAGGUGAAGGCCAUGAAAGGGCUGGAAUACGCACUGUCCAACAUACAGGGAGAGACGCCCCAGCGGCUGCUCAGGGACACAGUGAAGGACGCAUCAGAGAAGGCCAAGGAGGCAGCCAAGAGCCUCGCCACAGCUGCUACUGUCCCACAGAAACCGCAGCAGUACGUCUGACAGGACAGUAUGUGAGGAACUGUACAGGUGACAUGAACUCAACGCACUGCCUUUUUGAUCAUCGUGACUAGACCGAGGUUUUUCUUGGAUCUCACUGUUUAUUCUCUUAACACAGCAAACUGUUCUCUCUCUCUUUUCUCUCAGCUUUCGUUAAAUCUCAGGUCCUGAGUCUGUGUAUGAAACAUAUUGCCUUUGUGGAAACUUUCAGAUUGUGACCAGCAGCACUCUUUUAAUGCUGCAACUAUGUCAGAAUUAAAUGCAUAUUUUCAUGUUUUUGCCAUAUAUUUAAUGUAUCUAUUUUAAUAUACAGUAAUAAGCUUAUUUUCAUGCAGAGUGAUAAAAAUCCGCUUGUACAAGGAUGGCACUUUCACUUACAUUGAUCAGCAAGUGAUAUAUUAUUCUGCUUUAGGUAUUUGGUCCAGCCUAAAGUUCACAUUAGACCACUCUUAAUGCUGUGACAGUGUACUUUUAAUUUCACUAAAAGAAGGAUUAUGAAUUUAAUGUGUAUUUAAACAGGGAACCUUGGUGUAAGUUCCUUAUUUAACCUUUUCUGGUUGUCCGACUGUACUAAACUUCACACUUUCAGCACACAGUAUGUGCUACUAACAAUCUACUCUGUAAUAUUGUGCACAUAAAUAAUAGAAUGAAGUAUAAAUGCUACUGGUUAGUCACUGCCAGCACCGCCUGUUCUGAAGAGUUGAUGAUAAUCACAGGAUACCAAAGUGACUUGUAUCAAAAAAAGUCAGAAUGAGUAAAGUUUUCACAGCUCUGUGCUCUGUAAUGUGAUUAGCCUUUAACAGUAUGACUGAGGUGCGUUAGUGAAAAUGUUUUAGAUCAUUUCAAUCUGCGUGUUGAUACGAAGCUGAAGUAGUGAUGAAGGUGAUACUGUAAACAUUUCAGUGAUUGCAUUCCCUUUUAGAUGGAAUUGUCUGGAUUUUUCUGCUGCAAGACUUGAAUUACAGUUCACAAAUAAUUUAUAUGAUGUAUUUUGAAGAAUUAUUUAGCAUUAAGCAUUUGUAAAAUAGAUUUAUUUUAAGAAGAUAGUAGUGAGAUGUUCAAAAAAAAUAUGUAAAAACAGAAUCUAUUGGACUUUUAAAGUAAGAGUUUCAACCAACCCUGCAAGUUAAAGUCCAGUGUUUGUUGUCUUGUGUUUUUGUUUGUUUUGUUGUCAAAUGUAAGCUUUAAUAAAAUGUGAUAAGUUAUU